AAGCGGAAGUGGCGGCGCAGGCCCUGCCGCCGUUGCCGAGCGCCGGGCGGAGGCGCGGGCCCGCGGCGGCGGCUGCGUCCCGUCGCUAUGAGCGCGGCCGGGUUGGUGUCUGCCACGCCGCCGGCCCCCGCUCCGCCUGGGGCUCCCGCCACCGCCAUGCCCCCCGGUCCCGAGUACUACGAGGAGGAGGAGUUGGAGAGCGCCGAGGAGGAGGACGGCGAGCGGAGCGCUCGGGCCCGCGACUCCGAUGAGGACACUGAGGAUGCCAGUGAAACUGACCUGGCAAAACAUGAGGAAGAGGACUUUGUAGAAAUGAAAGAACAGAUGUAUCAGGACAAACUGGCAUCUCUUAAGAGGCAGUUACAACAAUUGCAGGAAGGUACUCUUCAGGAAUAUCAGAAAAGAAUGAAAAAGUUGGACCAGCAGUACAAAGAAAGGAUACGAAAUGCAGAACUGUUCCUCCAGCUGGAAACCGAUCAGGUGGAAAAAAAUUACGUCAAGGAAAAGAAGGCAGCAGCAAAGGAGUUUGAAGAUAAGAAAAUUGAGCUUAAGGAAAAUUUGAUUGCAGAGUUGGAAGAGAAGAAGAAGAUGAUUGAGAAUGAAAAGCUAACCAUGGAAUUAACAGGAGAUUCAAUGGAAGUGAAGCCUAUUAUGACAAGGAAACUGAGGCGACGACCGAAUGAUCCAGUUCCUAUCCCAGACAAGAGGAGGAAACCUGCCCCUGCUCAGCUAAAUUAUUUGUUGACUGAUGAGCAAAUAAUGGAGGACCUGAGAACGCUGAAUAAGCUUAAAUCACCCAAGAGACCAGCCUCUCCCUCCUCUCCUGAACACCUCCCAGCUACACCAGCAGAGUCUCCAGCACAGCGGUUUGAAGCCCGGAUAGAAGAUGGAAAACUCUACUAUGAUAAAAGAUGGUACCACAAGAGCCAGGCUAUUUACCUGGAGUCUAAAGAGAACACUAAGAUCAGCUGUGUGAUCAGUUCUGUGGGUGCCAAUGAGAUCUGGGUGAGGAAAACCAGUGACAGCACAAAGAUGAGAAUCUAUCUGGGACAGCUGCAGCGAGGUGUUUUUGUGAUUCGUCGACGAUCAGCUGCAUGACUGUAUGCUCUUCCUUGGUUUUUUUGUUUUUUUGUUUUUUGUUUUUUUUUUAAACUGAUAGUCAAACCUCUAACGGGGAACGGCAGUCUGUUCACUCAUGUUAGCAGCAGAGAACACUGUCAUGACCUCUUACGAGACAGUUUGUGGCUGGCCACAUAAUCCCUAGUAGUCCUUAAAUCUUUAGUGAUACCCAAGCACUGCCCUGGACUAUUUCUGGAUUUUGCAUCAAGCUUCUGUAUGCUUUCUUUAUAUUUUGGGUGACUAUUUAAGAAGACUUUGCAUCAUACUUUUUUCAUCAUGGUUUCAUGGUGCAUAGAUGGGACUCGUAUGUUGAAAACUGCGUAACGUUUAUGUUUUGAAUCAGACCAAUGGAAGAAGCUUUGCUUGUCAAGACCUGAGGUUAUUCGUUCUUUCUGGUUUUGUUUUCCUGCAAGGCUUGGGAUGUUGGGCAAAAGGAGAUUAAUCUUGCCAGCUUUCAGCUGCAGCUGAGAUGCAUCUGUAAUACCUGGUAUUUGACAUCAGCUUUAUUGGAUGAACUGUUUAAAGACUUGAGCACUGAGGCUUUUUUAGGAAAGUGUGAACAGCUUAGAAACUGCUGAAAAUCCAGUUGAUUUUAAUGUAGUUAAGCAGUCACGUGUGGUUAAUCAGAAGCUUCUGUUUCUCUUCACAUUAAAAAACCCUUCAAUGAACAAGCGAAGAGUAUAUCUAUUUGCUGAAGUAAUUUCCUGAAAUAGGCGGAAGAGUAUAAACCAAAGGAUGGAUUAACUGGACUUUGCAGGUAGAGAGACUAUAUGAACUAUAUGUAUGAGUAUAACCACUCAUACGUGUAGAGACAUGAAAGGUAAAUUUCAUUUUCUUUACUGAUGCUUAGAGUAACAGGUCAUGCUGGAAUCCUGCUGACAGAAGAUACUGGAUCUGUUGUAUCUUCCAAAGAAGCCUGGUACAGAGUAGAAAGCAGCAUUGACGUGCUUUUAAGUGUAUAGCCAAAACCUUCAUUCCCUAAAAUGUCAUGCAAAGGUUUCCCUUUGUAGGGUAUUUUAAUUAAUGGAGGUGACACUGGGUUUCUACACUUGUAUUCCAGUAGCACAAGUGAAAAUGCUUAAGUGAUGAUAUUAAUGUACUCCUUUCCAAGAUGUUUAAAGAUCUGACUCUGGCAUUCCUUUACUGUUCCCAGUCUUCUGCUGAUGGCUGAAACCACCAAUACCAUGUGUGACUGCAUUGGCAUGAACUACACAGUGCACUGGCAAUGCUGUCAGAUCUUUGCCUUCUGUGCAAAAGAACUUUGUGCUCCUUUUGAUUACUGGACAAGAAAUUGUAAUUUCUGCCUUUAUCAGUAUGUGUCACUUUGAGGCAUCUUUUGGUUUUGCUUUUGAACUGCCUUCUUGUUCAGCAUCAGUCUAGCCUUUCUUUCAUAUCUGGAUAAAUGGAGUAUUUUAAA